AUGAGCUCUCAUCAGAUCGCCGUUGCGAAGGCUUCGUUCUCCGCCGGUCUUCUACGGCCCGAUCCAUCUUCGGUUCCUGGAGAAGAGAUAUCGCGCUUUCACAAUGAGCUUGACACGAUGCUGUCGCAUUGCUCACCAGCACACAUCCAGGUUUGGACAAUUUCAAGCUCCUUGCAUCGUCAGACAACCCGGGUGGGAGGAUUAGGCAAAUACUUUGUUGCCCUUGCGGAGUCGCUGCAGCAGGGAACUACGGAUAUACAACAAGAUCAAAAUGGAGGUAGUAGAAGUACCGGGACUUCCUCGAAAAGGAAGAUAUUACAUAUUCUCUACCUGCUGAAUGAUUUACUUCACCACACGAAAUACCAUGGCCAGGCAUCCGCUUCCUUAUUUUCGACGAUAGCGGAGUCAUUACGCCCAUAUUUGACGGGGCUGUUUGGCCUUGCAGGGAGCUAUAGCCGAGGGAAUUGCCCCAAGUAUCGCAAACGAGUUGAGGAUCUUCUCGAGUUAUGGGAAAGUAAUUUAUAUUAUGGAGCAGACCACAUAAAGAAACUAAGGGAGGCGUUUGAAAAUUUUGAGGGCUUUGGUGAAAGAAGGGCCAUAGACCGGAGUGAUCAGGCCGGACAGAAGAUGACAGAGGCGCGAAACAUACCGUAUAUGAUGCCGGCAACCCAUGGUGAUCCCAAUGUACCGUAUUACGAACUACCCGCCGGAAAUAUGCUGCCUCACAUCAUCCCGGAUUCUUCCGUUGCAAUUCGAACCCAGCUAUUAAAACCUCUUCAAUUUGCUGCUGGUCCCGCCGAUCAGUCCCUUGUCGACGCUGUGAAAUCUCUUUUAGCAGACGUGGACCGAAUUUAUAAUACCCAUGAAAAUGAGCCUCCUGGUUUUACGAUAGUAGACGUGGAUGAACUAGGGCAAACCACCACACGCAACGAUACAACCGGAGAAUCAGUUGAUAGUGGUACAUAUUACGGCUGGUCACGAGAGUUCUGCCAGAAUAUGAAGCAGAGAAGAAAUGGCAAAGCUCACAGUAGAAGUCGGAGCGCAAGCCGAAGCGUCAGCCCACGACGUUCACCUAGCAAAAGACGGCGGUACAGUGAUAGUAUGAGCGAAGACGGGAGAGGCGGUUCUCUUUCCCCAAGCUCGUCAAUAUCUCGUGGACGCCGACGAAGAGGCUCAGAGUCCCGUUCUCGCUCGCCUCGUCGUUCUAGAGCUGGGCGUUCAGUAUCUAGAUCAGCAUCUUAUUCGCCUAAACCUUCGGUACCUCGGGCCAUCUCACCUCCCGCUCCCCCACAGCUUGCAAAUCAACCCCAAGCACCUUACCUCAACGCUCAAUUCCCUCUCCUUGGGGCACAGCAACUGGGCAUGCUACCCGCGAACCCUGCCCAGCCAGUUAUGUUUCCUCCCCCAGUUCGACCACCAAACUAUCAUGGGCCUUGGCCACCACCUCCGCCUCCACCUCUACCUCCGCCAGGUAUCUCUACCGCGGGCGGGGGGCCAUUUCUGCCAAAUAUGAAUAUAAAUAUGGCUAUGAACAUGGGUAUGACAACGAAUAUGCCACCCUUCCCCCAGAACUUCCCACCGUCAACUAUGGGUGGGCCGAUGGGCGGACAACAGUUCAUACCUCCACCGCACCAGCAGGGGCCGAGCUACCAUUUCAACCCCUCAAAUCCCCAUCAACAGCAGGGGCAGCACGGCCAGCACAGCCAGACGUACGGAAGAAACCCAAACUCGGACCCUAAUAAUAACAUGGGCGGAUGGAAUCAGGGUGGCUGGUCAUGA